CCCAUCCUACCUCGUUAUCCUCAAACUGAGGCGCACGCAGUCCGCUCUCUCCGUACACUCACAUACACACACACACACACCUGCGGGAGGAGCUGCGCUGCGGAGCGGAGCGCUGCGGGGCGUGAGACCGGCUUCGCUCACACUUAACUUGGGCAUCAUCAUCAUCGGCGCUGGCGGACAACGGAUCUGCUCGGGACUACAUCCAGCCACGAUGUCCGACUUUAUUUUGGCAUUUCUGAGCAUGUCGGGAUUAAUUCUGCUGGUUAAAACGCUGACAGUGGCUGGGGCUGAGCAAGCGUGUGACGUGGAGGAAUAUCUGUGUGCGGACGGCCGUAGCUGUGUUUCUGAGAGCUGGCUGUGUGACGGGGAGCUCGACUGCCCCGACGGCUCUGAUGAAACACCAACCAUAUGCUUGCGGCAGGUAAAGGUGAGAUGUCCCGUCAAUCACCUCCAAUGCCUCGGCACCCACAGGUGUGUUCAUUUCAGUACACUCUGCAAUGGAGUACGAGACUGUGAGGAUGGAUAUGACGAGGGUGUGCACUGCCGCGAGUUGGUGCGUAGCUGCAAGGAGCAGAGGUGUCAGUUUGACUGUGUAAUCAUGAGAAAUGGGACAUCCUGUUUCUGUGGAGAAGGUUUCGAACUGGAAGAGGACGGGAGGCGGUGUCGAGAUCAUGAUGAAUGCAGGGAUUAUGGGACAUGCAGUCAAAUCUGUAUGAACACGCAGGGAUCGUACAGAUGCGCUUGCACAGAUGGCUUCAGCCUGCAGGCCAACAGACGAUCCUGCAAAGCCAAAACAGAUCCUGGUGAUAAACCUCCGGUUCUGUUGACAGCAAAUAUGAAUUCUAUAUCAGUUGUUUACCUCAAUGGAUCAUCUAUGCCAAAUCUCAAGUCCAUGGAGACAAACGGGACUCAAAUAUUGGACAUUAUUUAUAGAGAAGAGUCGCUCUGUUGGCUCUCAGUGGUCCAGGAUACAGGUCAGCUGUGGUGUGCCCGCAUGAGCAAACUCAAAGGCUUUUCAGAAAAACACCAGAUACGGAUAGGCCAGAACCUACAAAAUGUGGAGCAUAUGGCCAUCGACUGGUUGACAGGAAACUUCUACUUUGUAGACAGAGUGAACGACCGGAUAUUUGUGUGCAGUGAACAGGGAGAUGCAUGUGUCACCAUCAUCGACCUGGACAUUCAGAACCCUAAAGGCCUGGCGCUGGAUCCCAUCAUGGGAAAACUCUUUUUCACUGUUUUUGGGGGGAUAUGGGAGGUUGGACGAUGUGGUAUGGUGGAUAUGGACGGAACAGGAUGGUACAGGAUAGUAGAGUAUAAAACCGAACAGCCGACCGCCGUGACAUUGGACUUGGUGAAGAAGCUCGUCUAUUGGGUGGAUGCUUAUCUGGAUAUUAUCGAAGUUGUGGAUUACAAUGGCAAGAACAGACACAUGAUCAUCCAAGGAAACUCGGUGUCGCACCUGUACGGAUUAGCGCUCUUUGAAGAUUACCUGUUUGUGACGUGCUCUGAACCCUCCAGAGAGACCAAGGUGGACAUAUUUAGGAUAAAUCGCUUUAACAGCAGUGACACAAACACUGUUACCACUUUGGAAAGUGCCAGAGCUGUCCGAGUUUAUCACAGAUUGGCUCAACCUACAGUCAGGACUCAUGCAUGCAGCCCUGACACACACGGACGAAAGGGUGGAUGCUUGCAUAUCUGUCUACUGAGCCACAAUUACAAAUCACGCGUGUGCCGAUGCCGGACCGGCCAUGUCCUUGCCAGCGACGGGAAGUCAUGCAAAAAACCAAAGAACGAGCUGUUCCUGUUUUACGGAAAAGGACGGCCCGGGGUUAUCAGAGGUCUGGAUAUGAAUAUCAAGUCUGGAGAUGAACAUUUGAUUCAAAUCGAAGGGCUCGUGAGUCCCAGAGCGCUGGAUUUCCAUGCAGAGAGUAGCUACAUCUACUUUGCAGACACUACAAGCUUUCUUAUUGGACGGCAGAAGAUUGACGGAACCGCUCGGGAAACGAUCCUUAAGGACGAGCUGGAUAAUGUUGAGGGUAUUUCAGUGGACUGGAUAGGUAAUAACCUGUUCUGGACAAAUGACGGUUAUAGAAAGACCAUCAGCGUAGCCGGGCUGGAUCGGCCCUCGCAGACCAGGAGAACGCUUUUAGAAGGCAAUAUGUCUCAUCCCAGGGCCAUUGUUGUGGAUCCUCUAAACGGAUGGAUGUAUUGGACGGACUGGGAGGAGGAUGAGUUAAUUGACAGCAGAGGAAGGAUAGAGAAGGCCUGGAUGGAUGGAUCUCACCGUCAGAUCUUCGUCACAUCCAACAUGCUGUGGCCUAACGGCCUCACUCUGGACCACUCCUCCAACGUCAUGUACUGGUGUGACGCCUACUAUGACCACAUCGAGAAAAUCUACCUCAACAGCAGCCACAGAAUGGUAGUGUACAGCGGGAAAGAGUUGAAUCAUCCAUUUGGGAUUGCGCAUUACCAGAAUUAUAUAUUCUGGACGGAUUACAUGAACGCCUCGAUAUUCCGUCUGGAUUUGUCAUCCAAUGAUGUUGCUCUAAUGCGGGCUGAAAGACCACCUCUCUUCGGGAUUCAGGUGUAUGACCCGCAGAGCCAGAAAGGUAAUAACCAGUGUUCGGCAAAUCACGGUGGCUGCAGCUCUUCGGCUCUAUGCCUUGCUACGCCUGCAGGUCGCAUGUGCGCCUGCACAGACGGCCAACAUUUGGAGAAAGAUAACAUCACCUGUUCAUCCCCAUCAGAGGUCACUAAGACAAAGCGCUGCGGCCCAGCAGAGUUUCAGUGCCAGAACCAGCGAUGCAUUCAGCUCUCGUGGAAGUGUGAUGGGGAUGAUGACUGCUCAGAUGGCAGCGAUGAAGAUCCACACCUCUGCUCCAAUCGCAGCUGCCCAGCGGACCAAUUUAAAUGCCUGAACAACCGCUGUAUCCCGAAGAGAUGGCUGUGUGACGGCACCGAUGACUGCGGCAGCAACGAGGAUGAGUCCAACCGCACUUGCUCUGCCCAAACCUGCCAGCCGGGCCAGUUUCCAUGUGCGAAUGGCCGCUGCAUCCCGGAGAACUGGCGCUGUGACCGUGAUGAUGACUGCGGGGAUCAGUCAGAUGAGUCUUCGUCAUGUGAUUUCCCAACCUGUGAACCGCUGACCCAGUUUGGCUGUACUAAUGGGAAAUGCAUCAGUGUGAAAUGGCACUGUGAUUCCGAGGAUGACUGUGGGGAUGGCAGUGAUGAGGUGGGCUGCGUUCACGCCUGUUCGGUGGCUCAGUUUCAGUGCUCCAGUGGGAAGUGCAUCCCUGAGCACUGGAUGUGUGACGGGGACAAUGACUGUGGUGACCUCAGCGACGAGAACACCACCUGCUCUAGGACAGCGCUCUCCGCCAUCAACGACUGCAGCGAGAAAGAGUUCCACUGCCGUGGCGACGGAACCUGCGUUCCUGAAAUAUGGCGCUGUGAUGGAGACAAAGACUGCGAGGACGGUAGCGAUGAAUUCGCCUGUGAGGGAGCCAAGAGAAUGUGCGACCCCAAGGCAAAGUUCACCUGCAAGGUCUCAGGGAAAUGCAUUAGUAAGGACUGGGUGUGCGACGGAGACAUCGACUGCGAAGACCUAUCGGAUGAGGAGGGGUGUCAAGUGUCCGUUUGUAAGCCUCCGAAGUUCCCCUGCAAUGACACGUCUGUGUGCCUCCCGCCAGAACGAAUCUGUAAUGGCUGGAGGGACUGUGCCGACCAUUCUGACGAGGGACCCUACUGUGAUGAGUGUUCGGUGAGGAAGGGAGGCUGCAGUCAUGAGUGCUCGGUGGCACCGGGUAAAGGGGUCGUGUGUUCCUGUCCGGCGGGCUUCCAGCUGGGAUCGGACAGCCGGACAUGCGAGGUCCUGGAUUACUGUACCAAGCACCUACGCUGCAGCCAAGUGUGCGAACAGCACAAGAAUACUGUGAAAUGCUCCUGCUAUCCAGGCUGGAGUCUUGGAUCUGAUGGAGACAUCUGUUACAGUACAGAUCCUUUUGAGGCAUUCAUCAUUUUUUCCAUCAGACACGAAAUUCGCCGAAUCAACCUGCAAAGGGGCGAUUACAGCCUGUUAGUCCCCGGGCUCAGGAACACCAUUGCUUUGGAUUUCCAUUUUAGCCAGAGCCUGCUGUAUUGGACCGAUGUUGUAGAGGACAAAAUUUACCGUGGGAAGCUGUCAGAGGGUGGCGGUGUUUCAUCAAUCGAGGUUGUGGUCCAGCAUGGUCUAGCCACUCCAGAAGGCCUGGCCGUUGAUUGGAUAGCGGGAAAUCUCUACUGGAUCGACAGCAACCUGGACCAGAUUGAGGUGUCCAAGCUGAAUGGCGAAUUACGAACCACCCUCAUCGCCGGGGGUAUGGAACACCCUCGGGCCAUCGCCGUGGACCCUGGCCAGGGUGCCUUGUUCUGGACCGACUGGGACGCCACGUUUCCUCGCAUCGAAGGUGCUUCCAUGAGUGGAAAACGGCGACAUGUGGUAUUCAAGGACAUGGACUCCGGUGCUUGGCCCAAUGGAUUGACCUUGGACCACAUGGAGAGCAGGAUAGUAUGGACUGACGCCCGAUCUGACGCUAUAUACUCUGCUUUAUAUGAUGGAACGGGGAUGAUUGAAAUUCUCAGAGGCCACGAGUUCCUCUCUCACCCCUUCGCAGUCUCUCUCUUUGGUGGGAGUGUUUAUUGGACUGACUGGAGGACCAACACUUUGACAAAAGCCAACAAAUGGACAGGGGCCAAUGUAACUGUGAUCCAAAAAACCAGCGCCCAACCCUUCGAUUUGGAGAUAUACCAUCCUAGCAGGCAGCCACAAACUCCUAACCCGUGUGCUGGUAACAAAGGAAGAGGCCCGUGUUCUCACCUCUGCCUUAUAAAUUAUAAUGGUUCUGCAUCUUGCUCCUGUCCACAUCUCAUGAAAAUGUCGGCCAACAACCGAAGCUGCCAAGGUGUGAGGAAGUUUCUGUUAUAUGCUCGGAGAUCUGAGAUUCGAGGAGUGGACAUCGACAACCCGUACCUCAACGUCAUCAUGGCCCUCACCGUACCCGAUAUCGAUGACGUCUCAGCGAUGGAUUACGAUGCUGUAGAUGAGAGGAUUUACUGGACCGAUGUGAAGACACGAAUGAUAAAAUGGGCGUUCAUUAAUGGAACCAAACUUGAAAGCAUCCUGUCUGGAGAUCUAUCUAAUGUCCGUGGACUGGCUAUUGACUGGCUGUCGAGAAACAUGUACUGGAUGAGCUCAGACAACGAUGAGACCCACAUUAACGUGGCCCGUCUUGACGGAUCUCUCAAAACCACCGUCGUUCACGGCAUGGACAAACCCAAGUGUCUUGUCCUGCAUCCAUCUAAAGGAAAGAUGUUCUGGAUGGAUGGGGGCACUAUAAAUAUGGCCAAUAUGGAUGGCAGCAACAUCAAGAUUUUGCACCAGAACCAGAAGGAGCCUGUUGGGCUGUCGAUCGACUACUCAGCCAAUAAGCUAUACUGGAUAAGUUCCGGAAACGGAACCGUUAAUAGGUGUAACUUGGAUGGGAGUGGCCUGGAUGUGAUUGACAGCUUGAAAAAAGAACUCCGGAAAGCCACGGCAUUAGCAGUGAUGGGUGGGAAGUUAUGGUGGGCAGAUGAUGUUCUCGCUCAGCUGGGAACCAUUAACAAGAGGGAUGGAAAAAACCUGAUGGUUCUUCGGAAUAAGACCACAGGCGUCGUCCACAUCAAAGUGUAUGACAAAGACAGUCAGAAAGGUCGCAAUCCUUGUGUACCGAACAACGGCGGUUGUUCCCAGCUUUGCCUUCCCACUUCUGAAACAACUCGGACUUGUUCUUGUACUACGGGCUACAACCUUCGCCCGGACCGCUCCACCUGUGAAGGUACAACCGUAUUCAUUAUUUUUCAAAAGCACAAUGACCUGUGAGGACUGUCUCUGGAUCCCAGCGAUAACUCGGAAGUUUUGAUGCCGUUAACUGGCACUCUGUUUGCCGUGGGACUGGACUAUCAUGCUGGAAAUGAUACAUUGUACUGGACGGACAUGGGCUCCAACAGAAUCUCUAGAUCCAGUCGAGAUCAGACCUGGAGAGAGGACAUUGUCACAAGUGGUCUUGGACGUGUUGAAGGACUUGCAGUGGACUGGAUUGCAGGUAAUAUUUACUGGACAGACCAUGGCUUAAAUCUCAUUGAGGUCGCUCGAUUGAAUGGCAUGUUCCGCGCCGUGGUGAUAUCUGAUGGUCUUGAUCAACCCAGAGCCAUUGCUGUGCACCCAAUGAAAGGGUUUCUCUUCUGGACGGAGUGGGGCCAGAGUCCUACCAUCUCCAGGUCACGUCUUGAUGGUUCAGAGCAAUCCGUUCUUGUUAGCACUGGACUAGCAAGGCCCAACGGCAUCUCCAUAGACUACCAGGAAAAUAAAUUAUACUGGUGUGACGCCCGCAACAACAAGAUUGAAAGAAUCAACCUUGAGCGGGGUGAGCAGAGGGAGAUUGUGUUCUCAUCGAGUGGGGUGGAUAUGUUUUCCAUAGCAGUCUUUGGGGCUUACCUCUUCUGGUCUGACAGAGCCUACGCCAAUGGAUCCAUCCGUCGUGCUUCCAAGAAAGACGCUGUGGACGUAGUCACCAUCAGGAGCGGCUUGGGCAUCAGUCUGAAAGAUGUGAAGGUCUUUAACCAGGAUCGGGAGAAAGGUACGAACGCUUGCAGCAGAGCGAACGGAGGAUGCCAACAACUUUGUUUUUACUUGGGGAAUAACCGGAAAACUUGUGCUUGCGCCCACGGAUAUCUUGCUCAGGAUGGACUCAGGUGCAACAGGUACGAGGGUUACCUGCUGUACUCCGAGAGGACCGUUUUGAGGAGUAUUCAUCUAUCGGAUGAGAAUAACCUCAAUUCGCCAAUAAUGGCGUACGAGAACCCAAAAUAUUUUAAAAACGUUAUAGCUUUGGCCUUUGAUCAUCAUCAGAAAACGCACGGUACCAAUCGGAUUUUCUUUAGCGAUGUUCAUUAUGGGAAUAUACAAGUCAUCAAUGACGACUGGACAGGACGACGCGUCAUUGCUGAGAAUGUUGGUUCUGUGGAGGGACUGGCGUACCACCGAGGAUGGGACGUCCUGUAUUGGACGAGCUCCACCACAGCCACUGUCACCCGUCACAGCAUCGACCAGACCAGACCAAACGCUUUCAACAGAGACACGGUGGUCUCCCUGUCUGAGGAGGACCACCCGCAUGUCCUCACUCUGGAUGAAUGUCAGAACUUGAUGUUCUGGACUAACUGGAAUGAGCAGAAUCCAAGCAUCAUGAGGUCGACUUUAACCGGUCGGAACGUCCGCGUCAUUGUUAGUGUGGAUGUCAUCACCCCUAAUGGACUCACCAUCGACCACAAAGCCGAAAAGCUUUAUUUUUCCGACGGCAGUCUCGGCCACAUCGAGAGGUGUGAUUACGACGGCUCGCAUAGAUACGUAAUUGUGAAAUCAGGACCCGGAACGUUCUUUGGCUUGGCAAUUUACAGAGAAUUCAUCUUCUGGUCUGACUGGACGCAGCGGGCCGUGAUCCGCUCUGAUAAGUUCACCGGAGCCAAUACGAAAGUCCUCCGUGCAGACAUCCCUCAUCAACCGAUGGGAAUCAUCGCUGUUUCCAACGACACCAACAGCUGUGAGUCAUCCCCCUGCAGCGUGAAUAAUGGAGGGUGCCAUGACCUUUGCCUUUUGACUCCACUUGGUGUGGUAAACUGUACUUGCCGUGGAGAACGGAUAUUACUGGAUGAUAACAGAUGUGUAUCCAUGAACUCCUCCUGUAACAUCCACUCUGAGUUCCAGUGUGGAAACGGGGAAUGCAUUGAUUACCAACUGACAUGUGACGGCAUCGCACACUGCAAAGACAGGUCGGAUGAGAAAAUGCAGUAUUGCGAGAACCGGAACUGCAGACAUGGCUUUAAAUCGUGCUAUAACCAGCGCUGUGUGGCCAACCAUCGAUUCUGUAAUGGCGUGAAUGAUUGCGGGGAUAACUCAGAUGAAGUUUACUGUAACAAUUCCUCAUGUUUGUCCUCUGAGCGACGUUGUGCAGACGGUGCCUGUAUUCCUGCAUCAUCCUGGUGUAAUCAGAUCAUCGAUUGUGCUGAUGCAUCGGACGAGAAAAGCUGUAAUAGCACAGACUGCAUGGAAUACUACAGACUGGGUUCUCGUGCCAGCAACAGUGAGAGGUUUCUAAGCUGCAAUUCGACGUCGCUGUGUGUUCAUCCCUCCUGGAUCUGUGAUGGAGCCAAUGACUGUGGGGAUUACGCAGACGAAAUACACUGCCACGCUUCUUCAGUCCAUACAUGUGAGGACGGCCAUUUUGCGUGUCCCAGUGGAAACUGCAUCUCAAGCGUCUGGUUGUGCGAUGGACAGAAAGACUGCGAGGAUGGAGCAGAUGAAUUUCAAUGCGAUUCAUCAUGCCUUUGGAAUCAGUUUGCCUGCUCGAAAAACAAGUGCAUCGCCAAACAGUGGCUCUGUGAUGGGGAGGACGACUGCGGUGACGGAUUGGACGAAAGCGAGGAAAUUUGCGGUUUGGCAACAUGCACUCCCGGUUUGUUCAGUUGCCCAGGAUCAUACGCUUGCGUACCCAGGACCUGGUUAUGUGACGGGGAGAGAGACUGUCCCGAUGGUAGCGAUGAACUAGCGGUAGCUGGCUGUGCUCCGAACAACACGUGCACCGAGAGCACGUUCCAGUGCCGGAACCAGAACUGCAUCCCGCGGCGUUUCGUGUGUGACCAUGACGACGACUGCGGAGACGGUUCUGACGAGUCUCUGGAAUGCGAAUAUCGUUUAUGCAAAGAGGAGGAGUUCCGCUGUGCAGAUGGGCGGUGUUUACUGAGAGCCCAAUGGGAGUGUGACGGCUUCCCUGACUGUCUGGACCAAUCAGACGAGCUGCCACUCAACCCAAAGUGUUCCGCUGCAGAAAGUUUGUGCAACGGUUCGGUUUUUUUUUGUGUGAGAAGGCGGCUGCUUCGUGCUGGGGUGGGGGUGUUUUGUAAUCAGGACGACUGUUGUGGCGGAUGAUACGAGAGGAACUGCCAUGUUAACGAGUGUUUGAACCGUAAAGUCAGCGGCUGUACCCAGGACUGUCAAGACCUACCCGUGGGAUACAAGUGUACUUGCUGGCCGGGGUUUCGGCUGAAAAACGACGGCAAGACUUGCAUUGACGUGGACGAAUGUUCCGAGAACUUUCCCUGCAGUCACCAGUGCAUCAACACCUACGGGUCUUUUCACUGCCUGUGUGCCGACGGGUACCAGCGUCCCGCCAGUAACCCGCACAGCUGCAGGUCUCUCUCAGCAGAGGAGCCUUUUCUUAUUCUAGCUGACCAUCAUGAAAUCCGAAAGAUCAGUCUGGAUGGAUCAAACUACACACUUCUGAAACAGGGACUCAGUAAUGUCAUCUCUCUAGACUUUGACUACAGGAAGGAGUUGAUCUAUUGGAUUGACACUAGCAGGCCCAGCGGACGCAGAAUCAACAGAAUGCGCCUGAAUGGAAGUGACCUCAAGGUGGUUCACAGAACGUCGGUCCCCAGUGCUCUCACUGUGGACUGGAUCGGCAAGAACUUGUACUGGUGUGACGGCGAGAGAAAGACCCUGGAGGUGGCGAAAGCUAAUGGACUCUACCCAGCCGUACUGCUGAGGACUGGAUUAAGGAAUCCAACCGCUCUUGCUCUUGACACUCACAUGGGAUAUGUGUUCUGGAUUGACUGCUGCGAGCAGCCCCAAAUUGGACGGAUCGGAAUGGACGGCAAUAAGCCACGUGUUCAUUAAUCGAUUACAGAAAUACAUGCCCCUCAGCGCCUUGACCCAUAUGGACCACAUCAACAAAAAGGAUCUUACUGGGCUGAUGAGAACCAUAUCUUGUUUUCGAACAUGGAUGGCACAAAAAGACACAAAGUCCCAAUCAAGGACAUAGGUGGCAUAACCCGGUCUCACAAACACUCUUUUGAGGACUUCAUUUACGGGAGGCACCAGGAAGUCGAAAAAUCCCUCAGUCGUGCGACACAAGACAUCGGCUGUGACAAGACAUCCGGCGACCAACAUACAGAACUCCUCAGCUCCUGGCAAACCAUUCGAGACAUUAAAGUCUACCAUCCACUCCGACAGGAUGAUGUUAUUAUUCAGUUGGAUUUUUGUUCUAGACAUCAGUGUCAGGUGACUAAUGGAGGGUGCAGUCACCUAUGCCUUCUUUCCCCUGGUGGGGGAUACAAGUGUGCUUGCCCUACACACUUCUACCUGGCAAACGACAAUAAAACCUGUCUGUCUAACUGCAGUGUAAGUGAGUUCCGCUGUGGUACGGAUGAGUGUAUUCCCUUCUGGUGGAAGUGCGACACCGUGGAUGACUGCGGAGACGGAUCCGAUGAGCCAGCAGAUUGCCCGGAGUUUAAAUGCCAGCCCGGAAGGUUCCAGUGCGGAACGGGUUUGUGUGCCCUCCCUCCCUUCAUCUGUGAUGGAGAGAACGACUGCGGAGACAACUCUGAUGAAGCCAACUGUGACUCAUAUAUCUGCCUGUCUGGCCAGUUUAAGUGCACUCACCGGCAGAAGUGCAUCCCUAUAAACCUUCGCUGUAACGGACAAGAUGACUGCGGAGACGGUGAAGAUGAAACUGAUUGCCCUGAGAACACUUGCUCGCCGUCCCAGUUUCAAUGCAAGACCACAAUGCACUGCAUCUCCAAGCUGUGGGUGUGUGACGAGGACCCCGACUGUGCCGACGGCUCGGACGAGGCCAACUGCGAUGAAAAGACAUGUGGGCCGCAUGAAUUUCGCUGCAAGGACAACAACUGCAUACCAGACCACUGGAGGUGUGACGGGCAGAGCGACUGUAGCGACAAUUCAGACGAGGAGAACUGCAAGCCAGUUACAUGCAACUCAAAAAAUUUCAUCUGUGCCAAUGGAGAGUGCAUCUCCUCACGCUUCCGCUGCGACGGUGACUUCGACUGCACUGAUAACUCUGACGAGAGAGGCUGUGAGAGUCACUGCUCCGAGGAUCAGUUCCAGUGUCUGAAUCAUCUCUGUAUCUCAGUCAAAUGGCUCUGUGAUGGACAGGAAGACUGCAAAACCGGGGAAGAUGAGGCUAACUGCAGCCCUGCCAACACUGCCAUGACAGCUCGGCCGACGUCAUGUGCUCAGAACGAGUAUGUUUGUGUUGGAGGAGGCUGCGUGUCGGCAGGGCAACGCUGUGAUGGACAAAAUGACUGUUCAGAUGGAUCUGAUGAGGUGGACUGUAUCCGGGAGUGUAAGGAGGACGAGUUCCUGUGUCGGAAUCGGGCACACUGUGUUCCAACUCGCUGGAGGUGCGACAGAGUCUUUGACUGCUUGGAUCAAAGUGACGAAGACAACUGUGACCAGGGGUCUUUGGCUUGCCGCGCAGACGAGUUCGUUUGCAACAACACGCUGUGUAAACUGUUGGUCUGGCUGUGUGAUGGUGAGGAUGACUGCGGAGACAACUCUGAUGAAGAUUCAAACAUGUGUGGAAAGUUGCCAUGUCCUCCAAACAGACCCUUCCGCUGCAGGAAUGACAGAGUGUGUCUGCGGACUGAACAAAUCUGCAACGGAGUGAACGACUGUGGCGACAAUUCAGACGAAGACGACUGUGCGGAUGUGGUCAAAAGGCCGAAGCCGUGCGGGAAGACUGAAUUCUCCUGUGCCAAUCACCGAUGCAUCCCAGCCGAGCUCCAGUGUGACUUCUUUGAUGAUUGUGAAGACGGCGGAUCGGAUGAGCGUGACUGUAAGGCAUAUUCUGCCGAUGGUGCGUGUCGAGGGCGGGCCGACUUGUGCGGGGACGACGCUUUCUGCAACCAUACGAAAACACCUUCAGUCUGCCAGUGCAAAGAUGGAUUUCAGAGAAACCAGAAGACCAAGCAAUGUGAAGAGGUGAACGAGUGUCUGCGGUUCGGAAGCUGCUCGCAGUAUUGCACCAACACCAAGGUGUCCAGACUUCCGGAGGCCCCGGGGACAUCUCGGCCGAUUGGUGACGGGAACCUGAAAGUGGGACGGAUCACUCCCGAAUUUCACUGGUUCAGCCUACCGAUAACGGCACACUGGCGCCGACCUUUUCGUUACUCCCUUACGUGGGGACAGCUGGUGGGCCCCAACUGCACUCGGCUCAUCACAGACAUUGACGGAGAACCUUUUUGUGGUGUUUUGCUUUUGGUUUUGAUGGUCUACUGGACUGUGAUUGGUGACCACUCUCACAUUGAAGAGGCAGCCAUGGAUGGGUCCUUUCGUCGCACUUUGCUGGAGAGGAACUUGCGUAGACCAACAGGAAUUUAUCAACCCUUCCGAAUCGACCCUGUUCGAGGACUACACGUACGGGUUCGGCAUGAAGCACGACGUCUUCAACGGGUUCAUAAAUAUGGGAAGGGUCGCCUGCCGAGAAGCUUCAGUCCUGGGUGGUGGAGAGAGCGUCCAGCUGUCUUGGUCUUCCAUCGGAAUCUUUGUCAUCCGGCCUGUGAGAAUGGAGGUCGGUGUAUCUCUAAUGAACGAGGGGAAUCACGCUGCUUCUGCUGGCCAAAUUACUCCGGGGAACAAUGUGAGAUCAGCCACUGUAAGGACUACUGCCUCAACGGAGGCACUUGCACGGGAUCUCCACUAGGAAAGCCCACGUGUCGCUGCGCCCUUGGUUUCACUGGUCCUCUGUGUGAGAAGCGUGUUUGUGACGGUUACUGUCUGAAAUGGAGUGUCACAUGUGACAUGACCCUGGGGAACCAACCUGUGUGCCACUGUCUGGCAGAAUACACCGGAGAACGCUGUCUACACCAUAUUUGUCACCAUUAUUGCGUGAACUCCAAAGGCUGCACACUGUCUGGCUCUGGACACGUGGAGUGCGUGUGUCCCACCCGCUACGAGGGACCGAAAUGUGAGACGGACCGCUGUCUUCGCUGCCGAGGGGCCCCGUGUAUCGUAGACGAAGAGACUGGAGACGUCGCCUGCAAGUGUGUAUUCAGUAAAGUGACAUGAGCAGUUCAGCACUAA